ACUUUUCCGCCUAGCGCAUUUCCCGGGAUCUCUUUCCGGUUAGCCUUAGGGUGUCCGCGUGAGAAUUGGAUAUUUCCUGGAACUCCGGCUGGGAGGUGCUCGUCCGCCGCGCCUGAUUCGAGACUUGUUCAAGCUGAGGGGACAGGAUGUCGGACACGUGGAGUUCUAUCCAGGCCCACAAAAAGCAGCUGGACUCGCUGCGGGAGAGGCUGCAGCGGAGGCGGAAGCAGGACUCGGGGCACUUGGAUCUACGGAAUCCAGAGGCAGCACUGUCUCCAACCUUCCGCAGUGACAGCCCAGUGCCUGCUGCACCUACUUCUGGUAGCUCUAAGCCCAGCACAGCUUCAGCAGUUCCUGAAUUAGCUACAGACCCUGAAUUAGAGAAGAAGUUGCUACACCACCUCUCCGAUCUAGCCCUAACAUUGCCCACUGAUGCUGUGUCCAUCCGUCUUGCCAUCUCCACGCCAGAUGCCCCUGCUACUCAAGAUGGAGUGGAAAGCCUCCUACAGAAGUUUGCAGCUCAGGAGUUGAUAGAAGUAAAGCGAGGUCUCCUACAAGAUGAUGCACAUCCCACUCUUGUGACCUAUGCCGAUCAUUCCAAGCUUUCCGCCAUGAUGGGCGCUGUGGCAGAAAAGAAGGGCCCUGGGGAGGUAACAGGGACUAUCACAGGGCAGAAGCGGCGUGCAGAACAGGACUCAACCACAGUAGCUGCCUUUGCUGGUUCUUUGGCCUCUGGUCUGGCCUCUUCAGCAUCAGAAGCAGCCAAGGAGCCAACCAAGAAAUCGAGGAAACAUGCUGCAUCAGAUGUUGAUCUGGAGAUAGAAAGCCUUCUGAAUCAACAGUCUACUAAAGAACAACAGAGCAAGAAGGUCAGUCAGGAGAUCCUAGAGCUAUUAAAUACUACAACAGCCAAGGAACAAUCCAUUGUUGAAAAGUUUCGGUCACGAGGUCGGGCCCAAGUGCAAGAGUUUUGUGACUAUGGAACCAAGGAGGAGUGCAUGAAAGCCAGUGAUGCUGAUCGGCCAUGUCGCAAGCUGCACUUCAGGCGAAUUAUCAAUAAACACACUGAUGAGUCAUUAGGUGACUGCUCUUUCCUUAACACGUGUUUCCACAUGGAUACCUGCAAAUAUGUUCACUAUGAAAUUGAUGCUUGCAUGGAUUCUGAGGCUCCUGGGAGCAAAGAUCAUACGCCAAGCCAGGAGCUUGCUCUUACACAGAGUGUUGGAGGUGACUCCAGUGCAGAUCGACUCUUCCCACCUCAGUGGAUCUGUUGUGAUAUCCGCUACCUGGACGUCAGUAUCUUGGGCAAGUUUGCAGUUGUGAUGGCUGAUCCACCCUGGGAUAUUCACAUGGAGCUGCCCUAUGGGACCCUGACAGAUGAUGAGAUGCGCAGGCUCAACAUACCAGUACUGCAGGAUGAUGGCUUUCUCUUCCUCUGGGUCACAGGCAGGGCCAUGGAGUUGGGCAGAGAAUGUCUGAAUCUCUGGGGUUAUGAACGGGUAGAUGAAAUUAUCUGGGUGAAGACAAAUCAACUGCAACGCAUCAUUCGGACAGGCCGUACAGGUCAUUGGUUGAACCAUGGGAAGGAACACUGCUUGGUUGGUGUUAAAGGAAAUCCCCAAGGCUUCAACCAGGGUCUGGAUUGUGAUGUGAUCGUAGCUGAGGUUCGUUCUACUAGUCAUAAACCAGAUGAAAUCUAUGGCAUGAUUGAGAGACUAUCCCCUGGCACUCGCAAGAUUGAGUUAUUUGGACGACCACACAAUGUGCAGCCCAACUGGAUCACCCUUGGAAACCAACUGGAUGGGAUCCACCUACUAGACCCAGAUGUGGUUGCCCGGUUCAAGCAAAGGUAUCCAGAUGGUAUCAUCUCUAAACCUAAAAAUCUCUAGAAGCACUUUGUCACAGAGAUAAGCAUCCAUAGCCAUGGCUCUGCAGGCAGCACCUGAAGAGUAAUAUUUGUACAAUAGCAUUUUUCCUUAUUUAAAUAAAAGUUUAUAUUGUAAUUGGGAUU